UACAAUAACAACAAAUAAACACCUAGACUGAUCACAUCACUACAGGUGUCGACAGUGAUUUUUGCAGUGCAGAAGUAGGAGGGACACAGAAUUUCGUCAGGUCAGAACUUGAUCAGUAUACCGUGGUAAAGUAGUCAAGUGAGGUGUUCACCGAACAAAUGGUGUGUGCACUGUGCUAAACGAUCCGUGCCACUGUAGCGAGCAUAACUUUUGUCGACGAUCUACACUACACAACAGGAUGGAACUUCAAAUGACAAAUUCAAACUUUGACGUAGAGGGUAAUAAACAACCUUGGUAUGGAUCAAAUACAAGCUGUGUUUCUGAAAAAAGUCGUGAUGAAAGUGUCAUGUUCCAAUCGAGAGAUCCAAUUAUAAAGCAAAAUGACCUUAAAUCUAAGAAAAUAUCGGCACAUGAUGCUGAGACGAAAGGGAUUCACGGACAUGGUAUUCCUGUUGAACAUCCAACUUCAUAUUUAGAGACUCUCAUGCAUGUUUUCAAAGGGAAUGUUGGAUCAGGUAUAUUCGCCAUGGGAGACGCAAUGAAGAAUGCUGGUAUCAUCUUGGGACCAAUUGUUGUCGUUCUAUUAGGUGUUAUUUGCGUUCAUUGUCAACAUAUUCUGUUGCAGACAGCAAGGACGCUAUGUGAGAGGCACCAAAUCAAGAUGACCCCGGAUUUCGCCGAAACAGUUGAACUUUGUUUCGAGAAAGGUCCUCCCAGGAUUCAGAGGACAUCGAAAGUGAUGAGAAAGAUUGUUAACGUAUUUCUAUGUAUAACGCAACUAGGAUUCUGCUGCGUAUAUUUUGUUUUUAUCUCGGAAAAUAUAAAGCAGGUCUUAGAUUACUACGGUUAUAACAUUGGAGUGCACAUCCUGAUGAUUAUCAUAUUCAUCCCGAUUUUAUUGCCUUGUCUUGUCAGGAAUCUCAAGUACCUAGCGCCGUUCUCUACCUUAGCAAAUGUUUUGAUGAUCAGCGGAAUUGUGAUCGUUUUGUAUUAUUCAUCCCAAGAUCUACCAUCGCUCGACCAAAGAAGGUACAUUGCUGACAUCGAUCGAAUUCCACUGUUUUUUGGAACAGCAGUAUUCGCCUUUGAAGGAAUAGGCCUGGUUCUGCCGCUCCAAAAUGAAAUGAAAGAACCAGAUAAUUUCGUCAAACCCUUGGGAGUACUCAACGUAGGAAUGACCAUCGUUACAUGCCUUUACGUAUCUGUAGGAUUCCUGUCAUAUUUGAGGUUUGGAGAAGAAAUAAAAGGAAGUGUCACCCUCAACUUACCAAAAGAAGAAGUGUUAUAUCAAUCGGUGAAGAUCGUCAUAUCCUUAGGAAUCCUACUAACUUACGCUCUUCAACUUUACAUAGUAGUAGGCAUCAUGUGGCCUAGUGUUCAGAAGAUUGUUGGAGGCAAAAAGUAUCCAGUAUUAUCAGAACUCGCAUUCAGAACGUCAUUAGUGAUAUUGACAUUUGUUUUGGCAGAGGCCAUUCCUUUCCUGAAUCUCUUCAUCUCAUUGGUAGGAGCCGUCAGCAGUACUGCGAUAGCAUUAAUCAUCCCGCCGAUACUAGAACUGAUCACCCGUUUCACCAAUGAGGAAUUGACACCGUCUGUCAUCGUCAAAGAUGUCUUUAUAAUACUAUUGGGUGUACUCGGUACUGUCACUGGUGGUUUCGAGAGUAUUAAAUCCAUUGUGAACGCUUUCGGCAAAACGUCAUAACGAUGAUCAACAGAAAAGGAUAUAAUAACUUAUUGAUAUGGAACAGUCAUUUCAAUUCUCUUUGAGCCCACCUGCUUCAAUACAUGAAAGAGAAUGUGGGAAAUACGAAAGCCCAACUCCGCUUUGUUUCGUGUCAAAUAGGCAUCAGACAAUAAAAUGACAAGUUAGUCCAUCAAAUGCUUCUGGCACAUGAAAUAUUGUGCUCAUAGAAUAUAGUAGUACAAUCAAAGAUUAAGACGGAACUCUUAAAUCUCUCAACAUCUCCUUACAGCUCUUGAAAUAAGAUAUCUGCAAAGAUCGGAGUAUGUUAGAUGAAUUUGUUCCUGGGAUAGUAAUGGAAACAGUCACAUGACUGAUUACUUUCUUUCAUCAUCGAAAGAACGAUACACUACCAACAAAUGUAUGGAAUUAUUGAUUAUACCUAAAUAUUAGAUACUAGUCAGAGUAUUACUUAAGACAUAUCUGUGAUUUUGUACUUAAUUCGUAUUAUCGUCUUUUUCUACAGAUAUUUUACCUUCUAUAUAAUAAAUAUUUUACCCAAGUGUUUAUAUGCCUUCUUAGUGACAAUAUUUAGCUUAGUUCAUCUAGAAUAUAUGAAAUGAAUGAUUGUGUAUUGUGAAUAUAAGAACUGUCAUAUUAUAUUGGGGUGUUUCCUUAUGUAACCUUACGCAUG